AUGAUCACCCAAACUGAGCUAGAUAACUGCUUACAAUGGGCUCAAAAUAAUGGAGCCUUCAUCGAUCCGAAAAUCUCUUUUAGGAUUACAGAGGAUGCUGGUGUUAGUGCAUUUGUAAACGAAAAAUUCUCUCCCAAACCCGACCAAGCUUUGAUUAGGGUACCCGAAACUCUGCUGAUCACUUCCCAGCAAGCUUUAUCAGAAUUUUCCCAGGCUGCUAAUGAAAGGAGUCUUUUGAAUUCCGUGACACAGUUGUACUUGUCAAAGUUGAAAUUUGGCACCGAUGCAGUUCACCUGAAAUCCUUUUACAAACCAUAUUUAGAUGUGCUACCCUUGCACCUUCCACAACCAUAUUUUUGGUCUACUGAUGAAGUCAUGAAUUUGCAUGGUACAGACGUGUACUUAACUAUGAGAGAUACGCUGAACAAACUAGUAAAGGAGUGGAGGAUGCUGUUCCAAGCUUUAUCUAUUGAACACUCUUCUCAAGAUAAGCAGUUCUUGUCUUUAUUCCAGGAGAAUAAAGACUCUGCCGUAGUGCCGUUGGAACAGUUCUGCGCACACAUCAAUGGAUGUAAACUAGAAGAUUCGGAAUGGAACUCGUUCGUGGCGUAUCUUUGGUCGUACUGCAUCUUUAAUUCUAGGGCAUUUCCUCGUGUCAUUUUAGGCAGGGCCGGUACAGACCGCACCAAUCUGAACGAAGGAUUUUUGUAUCCAAUAGUAGAUUUAUUAAACCAUAAAAACGAUGUACCAGUAAGAUGGGAGAUGAAUGAACAAAAUGAACUUUGUUUCAUGUCGCAGACUACCACAUUUAGUGCACAGGAUGAAUUGUUUAAUAAUUAUGGUAAUAUUUCUAAUGAAAAAUGUUUGUUAAACUACGGGUUUUGGGAUUCCUCGAAUAAGUUUGACUUCUCUAGGUUGACUUUAAAGCUACCAUCCACCUUAGUUAGCGGUUUGCCCGUGGAUUUUAACAAAUCAGGUAAUUUUGUUACUGACGAUGGAGAAACUACCAUUUUACAAUUUAGUUUAAAAAUUUCUGAACCAUUACCACCGGUUCUACUAGCGUUAUUUGCCUACCUAAGUAAAUUAAAGUCUGAAGAAACUCCAACCGUAAGGAGCGUAUUGGAAGGUAUUGAUCAAUUAACAUCUGUAGUAUCCCAGAGAUUGCUGUUUUAUAAGAAUUUUAAAAUUAAAACUUCUUCGACUCAAAAAUUACGCCCUCAUGUUAUUAAACUAAUCAAACUAUACUAUCAAGAUAACAAAAAAAUUCUGAACGCCACUACUGAGAAAUUGUCCGUUUUACAAAAAAAAAUAUAUAGCAAUAAUAAGGAGUUUUCUCUGUCAUUCAAGACAAUUUUUAAAAACGACAAAAUAUUUGCCAAUUCUCUCUUACUGGUAUUUGGUGCUAUAAAUUACGAAGAUUUGAUCACAAAAGACUGUCUUAAUGACGCAUUGUUGCUCUGGAUAGUCAAAUUAAUCAACGAUAAAAGUAAUAAUCAGGGAGGUUUCAUUAAACAAACCUUCAAAGAAGUUAGUGAUUCAAUUGUCAUUGAAAAAGAAGAUGUUAUGGAGUUUUUGCCGUUCUAUAAAAAAUACUUCCCUAAUUUAUCGGAGAGAAUUCCAGAAAUUUAUAGUGUCGGUGAUUGGGGCAUAAGACAGUUCAUUGUGGCAGAUACUGCGAUUGAUAGAUUGGUUUGGAUCAGGAAAUCAAAUAAAGAGCCUAUAUUUCUAAUGAAGAAGGCAUACGACUUACAGAUUUAG